CCAAAUUACUUCUAUUUCAGCAUUUUCUCCGCACAGAAGAAUCUCAGCUGAACCAUCACAGUGGAGAAAUGAUCGUCUGCGUCGCCGUCGUAGGCCACCAGAACAAUCCGCUAUACAUACAGAGUUUUACAGAGGCAGACGAUGCGCUCAAGCUUCAUCACAUUGUUCAUUGCUCUCUCGACGUUGUUGAUGAAAGAGUGAACAACCCAAAGAAGUCCGGUCCAACACUAAAUGAGACGUUUCUUGGUUUGCUAUAUCCAACUGAAAACUACAAAGUGUAUGGGUACUUGACUAAUACCAAGGUGAAGUUCAUAUUGGUUACGACAGAUCUUGAUGUCCGAGAUGCUGAUGUGAGAAAUUUUUUCAGGAGGUUCCAUUCAGCCUAUGUGGAUGCAGUUUCAAAUCCAUUUCACAUCCCGGGUAAAAAGAUAACUUCCAAGAUUUUUGCUGAAAGAGUCAGCACAAUUGUCAAGUCCUUCGGUUUAAGCUCAGCAAGCUGAAUGUUAAAAAACUCUCGACUCAUUUUCUCAUACUGGAAGCUCUCUGUUUUUCGCUUCCACUUCCAUAUGCACUUCACCUUGGAAUUAUAUCUUUAUUUUUGGAAGAAAUGUAGCUUUCAUUUGAUAUCAGAUGCUGAAGAUGACUGCAAAAUGUAUAACUUACUACCAGAUUCAUAAUCAAAAGCUGUGUUUGUAUCAGGCAUUUUUCUCAUGAAAAUUGCUCAAUGUACGCAUUCUUUUUCUAUAAGAAAUUAUGCCACUCGAA